CACAGCAUUGUAAAUGACAACAAAACAAAUCAUAAAAUAAUUAUUAUAGUAUAAUAUCUGGAUUUUAAGUUUUUUGCCAAAACUGAUUUUGUUGAGGGAUUAAAAACGUGGUGCCAUGGUUAUCUAAUCAUAGACUGAAGGUGAAAUUUAAGGGAACUUAAACUAAAAAAUAUAAUUGGUUACUACUUAUGUUAAAGACCAGUGAUUUAGUUGUUGCACCGUUUUUGAUCGAGAAACACUGUCUAACAAGAUGGUAGCUACAGCAGACCUUCUAAAGACGAUCGAACAUGUAAGCGAGGCCUCUAAGACGAGGUUACGUCCAAUGAAAAAGUAUGCUACCGAGGGUAAAAAUAUUCCCUUAAAGAAAAACUGGUCGGAGACCUGGUGUACUUUGUCCGCUCAUUUUGAGACGGUGUGUGAUCAAUAUCUUAAUUUGGAAUUGCGUAAAGAUGAUGUUUUUGUGGUUACUUUUAUGAAAUGUGGCACAACUUGGAUGCAAGAGUGCGCCUGGUUGUUGCUAAACGACUUGGACUAUGAGAAGUCUAAAGAGGAGGUUGUCAUGAUCAGGAGUCCUUUCUUAGAUUUUCACAGCAUUACACCUGGUCUACGAAAUCACGUUGAGUUGAUUGAGAAACUACCCAGUCCCCGUUUAAUCAAAUCCCAUUUACCGGCCAAUUUAUUGCCUUUACAAAUUUGGGAAAAGAAACAAAAGAUCAUUUAUGUUGCCCGCAAUGUUAAGGAUGUAAUUGUCUCCUGCUAUCACUUUGUCAAAAACUUACAGAUGUGGCAAGGUGACAAUUUCCAUGAGUUUGUCGAAGAUUUUCUUAAUAAUGACAUUAUUUAUACACACUUCUGGUCGCAUAUAGUGGACUUUUGGAAAAUGCGUAAUGAGUCCUUCAUAUUCUUUGUCACCUAUGAAGAAAUGAAACGUGAUUUGCCAAAGGUUUUGCAAAGACUGUGUGUGUUCCUAGAAAGACCUCAAUUAUCGGAGAAGGAAAUGGAAGGACUUUUGGAGCAUUUAUCAUUUGAUAGUAUGAGAAAUAAUAAGAAAACCAAUUUGACUUAUUUACUUAAAGACGGCAAUCCUGCCGUGAAGGAGGAGUUCCAAUUCAUGCGUCGCGGCAUUGUGGGUUCGUUUAAGGAUGAAUUAACUCCCGAGCUGAUCGCUAGAAUCGACAAAUGGUCUGCAGACUUUUUAGCUCAACAUGGUUUAAAAGAAGAGGAUAUUUUUGGAAAACUUUAAGUUGCAACAGUAGUAGGUAUUUAGAAAUUUAUCGAUGUAUUUAUGUAAGAUUUUUAGGA